ACGUCACAAUUGGCCGGCCCACCGAAGCACGUAGGAGUACAUUACAGCGAACUGGGAAGAGGUUGCAUCACUACAUGUGAAUUCUUGGUCGUCGACGUUCGUUUGGUAUAUUGCCACCGCGUUUCUUCUUUCAGAAGUUUUUCUUGUCGUUUAAAGCCGUGACCAGCGCGAGGAGGACAAAAUGCUGACCGCUGCAAGAUUGUUUAGCCGCCAAGUUGCCGCGACAACCUGCGACAUUGCCAGGAAGCAGCAAUUCAGCACCAUCCUAAGAAAUGUUGCUGCUGUACCAUCGGUUGGUAAUCAACAAAAUGAACUUCAACAAUAUCGUUUCAAGUCAGAUGGAGUCAAAGGUGCGGUCAUUGGUAUCGAUCUUGGAACAACCUUUUCUUGUGUCGCUGUUAUGGAGGGAAAACAACCAAAAGUUAUUGAAAAUGCAGAAGGAUCAAGAACGACACCAUCAUAUGUUGCAUUCUCAAAGGAUGGAGAACGCUUAGUCGGAAUGCCAGCUAAACGUCAAGCUGUUACAAAUUCAGCAAAUACCUUUUAUGCAACAAAACGUUUAAUUGGUAGAAGGUUUGAUGACGCGGAAGUAAAGAAAGACUUGAAAAUGGUAUCUUACAAAAUUGUUAAAGCAACAAACGGUGAUGCUUGGGUACAAGGAAGCGAUGGCAAAAUGUACUCGCCGAGUCAAAUUGGAGCAUUUGUUCUUAUGAAAAUGAAGGAAACUGCCGAAGGUUACCUAAACACAUCGGUGAAGAAUGCAGUUGUCACGGUACCAGCAUACUUUAAUGAUUCUCAGAGGCAGGCUACAAAGGACGCUGGCCAAAUUGCUGGUUUAAACGUUCUUAGAGUUAUUAAUGAGCCUACAGCAGCUGCUCUUGCUUAUGGAAUGGAUAAAACUGAAGAUAAAAUUAUUGCUGUAUACGACUUGGGAGGUGGUACAUUUGAUAUUUCUAUAUUGGAAAUUCAAAAGGGCGUUUUUGAAGUUAAGUCCACCAAUGGUGAUACAUUCUUGGGUGGUGAAGAUUUUGAUAAUGCUUUGGUUAAUUAUCUCGCACAAGAAUUUAGGAAAGAUCAAGGUAUUGAUGUAACCAAAGAUGCAAUGGCAAUGCAACGACUCAAGGAAGCUGCUGAAAAAGCUAAGAUUGAAUUGUCAAGUUCACAACAAACUGAUAUCAAUCUUCCUUAUCUCACGAUGGAUGUCAGUGGACCAAAGCAUUUAAAUUUGAAGUUAUCAAGGAGCAAAUUUGAGUCUCUUGUUGGUGAUCUCAUUAAGCGCACAAUACAACCCUGCCAGAAGGCUCUUAGCGAUGCAGAGGUAUCCAAGUCCGAAAUAGGCGAUGUACUGCUCGUCGGUGGCAUGACGAGAGUACCAAAGGUCCAGCAAACUGUUCAGGAAAUAUUUGGUCGCCAACCCUCAAGAGCUGUCAAUCCUGACGAAGCCGUUGCUGUUGGUGCUGCUGUUCAAGGUGGUGUUUUGGCUGGAGAUGUUACAGAUGUAUUAUUACUGGAUGUUACUCCACUUUCAUUAGGUAUUGAAACUUUGGGUGGAGUGUUUACAAGACUGAUUACUCGUAACACAACCAUUCCAACAAAGAAAAGCCAAGUAUUUUCAACAGCAGCUGAUGGUCAAACUCAGGUGGAAAUUAAAGUACAUCAGGGAGAACGUGAAAUGGCCAAUGAUAAUAAACUCUUAGGUCAAUUUAGUCUUAUUGGAAUUCCACCAGCUCCACGAGGAGUUCCACAAAUUGAAGUUACAUUUGACAUUGAUGCCAAUGGUAUUGUACACGUUUCUGCCAGGGACAAGGGUACCGGCAAAGAGCAACAAAUUGUCAUUCAGUCCAGUGGUGGUUUAAGUAAGGAUGAAAUUGAAAACAUGGUGAAGAAUGCAGAACAGUAUGCCAAGGAAGACAGAGUAAAGAAAGAUAGAGUAGAAGCUGUUAAUCAAGCUGAAGGAAUCGUUCACGAUACUGAAGCCAAGAUGGAAGAGUUUAAAGCACAGCUGCCCCAGGAGGAGUGUGACAAACUGAAGACUCAAGUAGCUGAUAUGAAGACAACCUUAGCCCAAAAAGACUCGAUGGAUCCCGAAGAAAUUAAGAAACAAACAAAUGAACUUCAGCAAGCUAGUCUGAAGCUCUUUGAGAUGGCAUAUAAGAAGAUGGCUUCUGAGCGCGAGAGCAGUCAACAACAGUCACAAGAACAGCCAGAAAAUGAGGAAAAGAAGAAAGAAGAGAAGAAUUAAAUGCAUUGGUCUUGUGAAGAAGUAAAUAGAGUAUUAUGAGAAUAUAAAUAUUGAAGUUCGGAUCACUGACAGUUCAACCAAUGAAGAUCAGUAAUUUCAAUUUUACAGAUCAUGAUGAAACAUUGAGGGCAGAGCUCUCUACCAACAUAUUAAUAAUAUACCUGCCGAUCCAAUAGUAUGAGCUUAACUUCAUUAAACAAGCCAAUAUUUUCAAAAAAUAAAUUUUAUAUCUUAGGCUAAAAGCUUAAAAACUUCGUUACGUUAGGGUUUUCUUCUGAUUUCCUUCGUAUAUUUUAAUUUUGCUUGUUGACAAAUCUGAAUCGAAUAAUUUAAAACAGUUGUUCACCACCUUAUUAGUGGUAACAUUUUAAACCAAAGCUCAUUGUAUGAAUCUCUUAAAUUAAGAGAAUAUA